GCGCGCCGGGUCCUCCCCCGCCAACACCUGCUUCUGGGCGGGCGGCGCGCGCUGCGCCCGGCUUCUGUGGUGUUUGUACGCGGGCCGGCGCGAUGGGCAAGAAGGGCAAGAAGGAGAAGAAGGGCCGCGGGGCGGAGAAGACGGCCGCCAAGAUGGAGAAGAAGGUGUCCAAGCGCUCGCGGAAGGAGGAGGAAGACCUGGAAGCUCUCAUAGCCCAUUUCCAGACGCUGGAUGCCAGAAAGACUCAGAUUGUGGAAACCCCGUGCUCCCCACCUUCACCACGGUUAAAUGCCUCCCUCUCCGCACAUCCUGAGAAAGAUGAAUUGAUCCUUUUCGGAGGUGAAUAUUUCAAUGGCCAAAAAACUUUUUUGUAUAACGAGCUCUACGUCUACAAUAUCAGAAAGGACAGCUGGUCUAAAGUCGACAUCCCCAAUCCACCUCCAAGGCGCUGCGCCCACCAGGCGGUGGUGGUGCCCCAAGGCGGCGGGCAGCUGUGGGUCUUCGGAGGGGAGUUCGCUUCCCCCGACGGAGAGCAGUUCUACCACUACAGGGAUCUCUGGGUCCUGCACCUGGCCACCAAGACCUGGGAGCAAGUCAGAGCAACAGGAGGUCCUUCAGGUCGGAGUGGACAUCGGAUGGUAGCCUGGAAGAGACAGUUAAUCCUUUUUGGUGGCUUCCAUGAGAGUGCAAGGGACUACGUCUAUUACAACGACGUGUACGCCUUUAACCUGGACACGUUCACGUGGAGCAAGCUGUGCCCGUCAGGGACAGGGCCCACGCCCCGCUCAGGCUGCCAGAUGUCCGUCACGCCGCAGGGCAGCAUAGUCGUCUACGGGGGCUACUCGAAACAGAGAGUCAAGAAAGACGUGGACAGAGGUACCCCGCACUCAGACAUGUUCCUGCUGAAGUCCGAGGAAGGGAGAGAAGGAAGGUGGGCGUGGUCUCGGAUCAACCCUUCCGGAGUCAAGCCCACUCCAAGGUCUGGCUUUUCGGUGGCCAUGGCGCCAAAUCACCAGACGCUGCUCUUCGGGGGAGUCUGUGACGAGGAAGAAGAGGAGCGCUUGGAGGGUGACUUCUUCAACGACCUGUACUUCUACGAUGCCACCAGGAACCGCUGGUUUGCAGGACAGCUGAAGGGACCCAAGACGGAGAAGAGACGGCGCCGGCGGGGCAGGAGGGCGGGGCCUGAGGGAGCUGACGAGCAGGAGCAGGCGUGUGGGGGAGCCGGCACCCUGGCACCCCUGGAGGUGGUCACGGAGGUGGCAGUGGAGGACGGGACGGUGGUCACCAUCAAGCAGAUGCUCUGUGCCCCACACGCGGCGGGACGGCCCCAGCCCGAGGACGAAGAUAGUCCCGAGGAAGCCGGCAGCCCCGUGGUCGAGCCGAGUCCGCGCUCCAACGCCAUGCUGGCCGUGAAGCACGGGGUGCUCUACGUCUACGGGGGCAUGUUUGAAGCAGGUGACCGCCAGGUCACCCUCAGCGACUUAUACUGUCUCGACCUCCACAAGAUGGAGGAGUGGAAGGCUUUGGUGGAGAUGGACCCAGAAACUCAGGAGUGGCUGGAGGAGACGGACUCCGAUGAGGACAGCGACCAGGCCGAGGGUGCCGAGGGUGGCGAGGAGGAGGAGGAGGAGGACAGCGCAGAGGAUGGCAGCUCGGAGGACGGAGAGCCCCCCGCGGUGGCGCCUGGCGAGCAGUUUGCCGACUAUCUGCCCAGGACCGAGCCGCACUGGGUGAAGCUCGCCCGGGACAAUGUGGAGCCCGACGCAAAGGAGAAGAAAGUGCUGAGGGUGGCCCAGGCCAUGGCGAAGACUUUCUUUGACGAGUCUGUUUGAGAUGCGGCACUGGGCCAGGAGUUAUGUGGAGUGCAGCGUGGCUGGAUUCCCUCCGCGUCACUUUGUGUUAUUUAAAA